AUGCAUGGGAAUACAUGUGAAUAUGUUGAGGAGCAGCCAUGGCACCAUCGGCCGAACGCCAAAGCUGCAGUCUCGUUUCUUUCUUAUUUCCCCACUCAACUUGAAAUCACAGCAGCAGCAGAAGAAGAAGUGCAAAGCAGUGAUAUAGAAUUCAUCGGCACAACCAACACAGACCACUGGACGAGACGCAUCCACAAGAUAUGCACUGAAAACCGCGACUCCGACGCCGCUCUCCGCCUCCUCCACCGCCUCCGCCUCCGCGGAUUCCGGCCCGACUCCCUCAACAUCAGCAGCAUCGUCCACGCUCUCUGCCAUGCCAACCGUUUCCCCGAAGCCCACCGCCGCUUCCUCACCUUCGUUUCCUCCCACUGCGUCCCCGACGAGCGCAUGUGCAACGUUCUCAUCGCGCGCUUGCUUGAUGGACGCGACCCUUCUUCUACACUACAAUUGAUAAAUGUUUUGAUAUCCGAGAAGCCUGAGUUUGUACCUUCUUUGAUGAACUACAAUCGUUUGUUUGAUGGCAUCUGUAAGUUGGGGAGAUUGGAAGCUGCCCAUUUGAUGUUGUAUCACAUGAUAAGGAAGGGGCAUCGUCCCAGUGUUGUUUCGUAUACUACUUUGAUCGGCGGGUAUUGUUCGAUUGGAGAUGUUGACGCUGAAAAGGUGUUUGACGAAAUGCCCGAGUGGGGAGUGCGUUCGAAUGCGCUUACUUACAGUGCUCUAGUUCGUGGGGUUUUAAGAAAACGGGACCUCGAAAAGGGGAAAAGACUCAUGGGAAAACUUUGGGAGGUUAUUGGAAGUGGGGCGGAUGCGCAAGUUAAUAACGCGGCUUUUUGCAGCGUGAUCGAUAGUCUGUGUAGAGAAGGGUUAUUUCACGAAGUGUUCAAGAUCGCCGAAGACAUGCCACAAGAGAUUAAACACAUUUCUAUGGUGGCCAACGAACCCCGAUCAUAGGGGUUGGUGAUUUUUUUUGUCGGAAGAAUAAAUGGAGAGGGAGAACUGUGGAGUUCAUGCGUUAUGCGAUGGAGAUUUAUUACGUGAGCCAAUUGAUUAGAUCAAAUGCAAAAGAGUUGAAUGCACUUCUUAGAGCUCUCGAGGAUCGAGUCAGUUGGGGACGGGAAACGUGUUCAUGAAGCUCACGGUUGUAGCUUAGAGCUCGUUCCAUGUAUUGAAGCUAUAAUAUUGAGGAUUGUAAUUCCCUAGUCGAAAAUGAAGCUCGCACCCACCUCUCGAAAAUGAAUUCAUGCGAACUCAAGUCUCUCCCAAUCACAUUGUGAGGUAAAUUCUCAGUUAAUAAUGCACAUGCAUCUCAAUGUCAAUAAUUGUCUAUAUGAUGAAAAAUCGAGGAAUCUUGUUUACUUGACAAGUACUGAGGCUGUGAACAAUUAUGAAAGCAGAUGAAUUGAGAUAUUACAUAA